CUGAGGAUGAGGAGGAGGAAGUGGGGAGGUUGGUGAGGAAGAGGGGGGAUGUGUUGAAUAUCAUGGACCUCACCAGCGCAGCAUGCAUAGAGGCUGCUGAGCUCUAUGGGCCAAGCGCUCUGAGUGAAGCUGACAUGAAUCAAUUUUUGGACACUACUGGAGGAAAGGCUAUCCCUAAGAAGCCAAGGAAGAAGUCAAGGACUUCAACCAAACAAGUGGAUGAGGGGAGAACUGGGAAUGAGGUAGUGCUCACUGCUUCAGCUGGAAUAGAGGAGGAGGUGCCAGCGCUGAAGAGGAAGGGCUGGGAGGAGAGGAAAGUAGUGCAGAAGAAACAGAGGGUAGGGGGGGAGGAGGAGAGGGCGGAUGAGGUCCCUAUGUUCGUACCUCAGCCUCCUCCUUUUGAGCUGAACCCUGAGCUCAGACAGUUGGAGGAGGGGGCUGAGGCGAAUAACAUGACGGGGGCAAGGUGGUUCAUCAACAACACCUUCCCCGAAGUGGACCAAUGCUACGCGCGGGAGGAAGCUCUGAGGUAUGGUGGAGCAUCCGUGGUGAAGCACGUUCUAGAGAGCGCAAGCUGGGUGAAUGGUCUAGCCCAGGAAUUCAGGGAGAGCCUGAAGGAUCGCACACUCUUGCAGAGGCAGCGAGACCAGCUGCAGAAGGAGAAGGAAGAGCUGGAGAAGAAAAAUAAAGAACUACAAGAGUCUCUGGACGAGGUGGUUCCAACUGUGAAGCAGUUGGAACAGGAGAGGUCGUCCCUGGGCACCAAGCUCGGCUUUGAAGAGACCAAGCGAAAGAUCUCUGAAAGCGAGCUUGAGGCUCUGGCGCAAGAGUUAAAGCUGACGAAGGAGGCUUUCUUGGAGCUGAAGGGGAAUUUCGACUUCGAGUUCAUGGCAGUGGAGGAAGAAGGGGCAAAGGUAGAGGAAGACGAGGUGGAGGCAGGAGUGGAAGGAGCUGGAGUGGAUGAGAGCCAACCAAUUCCAGAAGUGGAGAUUCAUCCAGUUCCUUCUGACGAUGAAGAGCCUCCCCUGCCAGACGAGCAGCAGCCAACACAGCCACCUGCUCCAGCUGAGCAGGAGCCAGUGGAGCCACCUCUCCCAAUAGAGAAAUAGUUUUUGUUUUUUGAUUUUUAAUUUUUUGUAGAGCAUUUAAACAGUUUGUAACACUUUUAUUACAUUAAAUGAAAUUUCAGUGUUGAAAUUAUAUAUGUGUUUAUGUUUGCUUUAUAUUUUUUGUUGUUUUUUACGAAUAAAAGAACUGAGAGUAC